GAAACCCGUGUGAACCAGUAUAGGGAGAUAUAGAUGUCGGUCACGGAGAGCCAACAAAAGUCAGCGCCGGAUGGUGACUCUGAUUAUGGGACUAGUGCUGCGAAUCGCAGGAUUGACCGGGAUGUCAAUGACGUGAUAAGCAUAUCCAGAAGUAAAAGAGAGGCUGUGGGAAAUGACGAGGGGGCGGCCAAGGGGGUCAGUAAGGAAGAAUCAAAGACAGAUAAGAGUUUUAAUCUUUAUCAAUUUUACAGCCAGAGUCAGGGUCUCGAUAUUGAACUACCACCAAUUCAUACCGCUUCUGGGAUUCGAAGGAACUCGAGGGAUAAGAUCAGGCAGACCGAAGGCAGUAAGCCUCGCAAAGUCACCGAGUCCAAAGUGGCCAAGAUCAAACCUAGUGCCCCGAUCAGCUCGAAAAAACGCUAUAUUCUUGAAAGAAUUGCAAUGCAACAGGACUGUGUUGACGAAAAAGAGGAUCAAAUCGAAGAAGGUCAACAGAAGGCUUAUGACGGCUUGACCACGCAAUCUCCUCUUCCUUCAUCGCAUGAUGAGCUUCCUCCAAAAUUCAGUGAUUCAAUAAUUGCCAAUGAUUUCCUAGUACCUGGAGUACCCUUGCAAGAAGAGUACGAUAUUACUCUUCCGGAAUUGAGCAGCAAUCAGGAAGACUCUUCUUCUUCACUUCACCAUGCCUUGAAUUGAAAGCUUUUAAUAUCAAUUCUAAUUGCAUUUAAAGUAUUUAAUUUUGCUUUCACUCUUUCAGUGUUUUCUCUUUUUUCCAUUUUUCCCCAUUCUUCUUCCCUCAUACUCUUUCAUACUCUUUCAUACGCUAUCAUACUCCUUCAAUUCUAUAAAUAUAUUCGAAUCAUUCUAGC